CUGAGUUUGAAGUGAAAACAUGAAGCGGUUCUUGGCGAUCGGGGCCCUUCUUUUAGAAUGUGCUUUUUUGGGCAAUGCCUGCCCAUAUUACUGUGCCUCCAAGGAGCAGUGCUUACAAGAGGCAACUAUUUUCGAUUACCAUAGUCGUGAUUGCCCGGAUCAACAAGUUUGUUGUGGUAUUCUGAAUAAUAAUAAUCCACAACUACCGCAAGGUCCUUCUAAAAAUAAAGAGGAAUGUGGCAUGAGCAAUCCAAAUGGCUUGGAUUUUCAGUUAAUACCUGGCACAGGUGACACAAAGCCUGGCCAAUAUCCUUGGGUAGUGGCUCUUUUCAUCAAUGACGAUCUCUCUGGAAGCGGAUCCCUAAUUAGGCGGGAUGUUGUCCUUACAUCAGCUCAUAUCGUAGUGUAUAAAAAUGCAAAUGAUAUGGUGGUUAGAGCUGGCGAAUGGGAUAUGAACACCGAAGCGGAGGACUUUCAUUUUGAAGAGAGACAAGUAGAGAGGACAGAAAUCCACGAAAAAUUUAAUUAUACUGCUGGUGAUAAUAACGUGGCUCUACUCUUUCUACAAAAGCCGUACGAUUUAGGUGAACAUAUCAACACUAUAUGUUUGCCAACGCCACGAACAUCAUACGCCAAUCGUCAAUGUAUCGUUACCGGUUGGGGAAAGAAACAGUUCUGGAAUGUAGGAUAUUCUGCCGUUCUAAAAAAAGUGGUUUUGCCCAUGGUAGACAGAAGCUGGUGUCAAGAACAGUUGAGGAAAACUGCUUUGGGAUGGAAAUAUGAGCUUGCCCAAAGUCUUAUUUGUGCCGGAGGAGAGGCUAACCAGGAUGCUUGCACAGGAGAUGGAGGAUCCGCGCUAUUUUGCUCUAUUGGCGCCGAAAGUUCGAGAAUCUACGAGCAGAUUGGCAUUGUGAACUGGGGAAUGGGAUGUGGCCAGAAAGAUAUGCCUGGAACCUACACGAAUGUGGCGAUGUUUAGGGAGUGGAUUGACACUAAGUUAAUAGCCUUUUUUUAUAAGAAAUAA